AUGGACAUAUUCAAAGGAGAGGUGAUUCCAGACAGCUUUAUAAAUCAAGACGGAGACCCGUUCCUCUUCCAACUCUACCGCCGAUGGAAUUGCUCGAGGGUGUUUUCUUCCCGCCUUUCGAAUGGCAUUGGAGGUGAGGGCGACGCGCGAUACAUCAAACAUCACGUACAAGAUUGGAUGUUCAAGAUCCUCGAUGGCGCCGUGUCAACGGCCGAAGAUUGGUUGGGCGAACAAGGGUGCAAAGCUCAACGAUGCAUCACCCUGGAUGUGGUGGUCCCUUGUUACCGCGUCGAUCUCUCCAUCCUUAAAACCAUCUUAUCCCUCCAGUGCUCCUCAUCUUGUACGGUCAUGUUCAUCAUAAUCGUUGACAACCCCAGCUCGCCCCAUGUCUUCGAGCUCCAAGCCAAGUAUUCGCAUCGUGCUGACGUUCGCAUUCGCGUCAACAAUACCAACCUGGGAGCUUCUGCUUCACGCAACCGGGGUAUGGGUGAAUCAGCGGCCGAUUGGGUGCACUUUCUUGAUGACGAUGUCGUUCCUGAAGUCAACCUCUUGGUUGAAGCAGAACGUGUCAUUCAGACUCAUCCGAGUGCAGCAGGCUUCGUCGGGAAUACAACCUUCCCUCGAGCAAACACCAUAUUCACCACAGCGGUUCAUCUCGCAGGUGUUACUUACUUCUGGGAUAUUGCCACCAAAAUCGACGACGACGUUCCUUGGGGCGUCACUGCUAAUUUGAUUGCACGACGAAACAUCGAUAGGGCCAUACACUUCGACCUCAGGUAUCCCAAAACGGGUGGAGGUGAAGACAUUGAUUUUUGUCGGUCGAAACGCGCGUCGUCACUCGAACACGGAGGCCAUCCAAACGUUAAGGCUCGGAAACGCGUCGGGCAGGCCGCGCAGGAUAGCGUUGCGGGCAAGAGUGGUGUCGAUUCACGUCACGUGCUAGGCGGCCAGACCUCACGGCUACAGCGCUUCCACUAUUGGUCCUUCGGGGAUGGGGCUCUCAUCAAGCAAUUCCCAGAACUCACAUACUACGACUUUGCGCCGAAUAGUGCUGAGCUCAUCUGUAUUUGCUUCCUCCUCGGUAGCGCUGGUGGUCUAUGCCUCCAGCCUGAUUGGAUGCAAACAGCACUCAAGAGUACUACAGUCAUUGUUCUUGUCAACAUCCUUCAUGACUGCUUCCGGCACCUCAUCCAACACCCAGAACGCAAUGCGGGACUGAAUUCCAGCCUCACAGGCUUACUGUGGGUUUUCGCUAUUAUUGAGGGCUCUCUCAUCCGGAUGUUCAGUGAACUUGGUCGCCUUCGCGGAAUGAUCGCACGCGAGGAAUAUGUUCUACUUGGGCGCCGCUUCGAUUGGUUCGCAGGCAGAGUUGGACGGGGUCCCAUUCGAGAGGAAAGGCUCAACAACUUCCAGCGAGACAUUCUUAUCAUGAUUGCGGAGUAUAACCAUUACCAGUUUUACACGGGACGCUCUGAUGAGUAG